AUGGAUGGCCAAAUGGAUUUCCGGCGCCAUUACAAUAUGGACGACGAGGGGAGGCCAGUCUCAAUUGCCUCGUCUUUGGAGCCGUUCUCGAUUGACGACAUCCAGAAAUGCGCUACAUGCCGUGGAUCGCUGCGUAACCUCGCUCGUUAUGGAAGGCUUGUGAGACGUGCCCUCUUGGACGAGGCGACCAAGAAGUUCAUCGUAUAUCUGAAUCAAUCAUACAUACCCAUGGCGCAGGCCUUGCCAACGGCUUUGUCCGAGCUACAGAACAGCGAGGGAACGCCAAAGACAGCAAAUAUAGCCCGGCACCUUUUCCACAGCAAGGUACAGGUGCGAAUCGAAGGUCCUCCUGAUCAUCAAAACCGGCUGAUGGCAAACCAUAUCAACAAAUACGAUAAGCAGCGGUGGAGGCCCCUGUUAGCCCUUCGGGACAGGAUAUCCACGUACAGGAACAAGGUCAAAGUCGAGGAACAACCAUACAACCAGGUCCGCAACAUGGUCGAAGGCGCUCACCGGCGCAACCAAGCCCUAGGACAGUUCGAUUUCGACGAAGACAUUCUCCAAACAAAGGGCCACCUCCAAGCUACCUCCCUUCUCCUCCGUCUGGAUACCGCUCUUCUCGCAGACUUCAUCUCCCUAAGCAAGAAGGCCCCUGGCAGCAGCGAAAGAAUCCUCUCCGUCAACCUAGCAGAGAACAGGAAACAAAGCAGGACACUCAUCAACGAGGCUAUAUCCUCUGGUCGUGUCCUUCAGCAGGUCGAGGGCCAUAUCUUCCUUGCCCAACUAUGCGCCUUGGAACGACAAAGUGUAGCUGACCCCGCGAAAGCAGAGACGCUGUUACAAGAGGGCACAGAGUCCAUAGACCAAGCCCAGAGUCUAUGUGAUAGCCAUUCGCAGCAGAUACGGGGCCUUGCAGAAGAAGUCGAAGGCACCCGGAAUAUGCUCCGUGGAUCAACGUACUACACGCCUGUGACGAGCGAGGAACGCGCAGCCGUUCUGUCUGCCAUGGCGCGCGAGUUCCGGGGGACAGGACACUGGUAUUAUUGCGAGAACGGGCAUCCGUUUACCAUUGGGGAGUGUGGCGGGGCGAUGCAAUUGUCGACGUGUCCGGAAUGUGGUGCGCGGGUUGGGGGCCAGCAUCAUCAGACGGCUGCUGGGGUGACCAGGGCCAGUGAUUUGGAGAAUGGGCUGAGGGAGAUGCGUAUAUGA